UAUCAUAUUCAUAUUUAUUUGCAUUGAUAUUAAUCAAGUAGUAUGCCAAAAAAGAUAUUUUGAGAAAUACCACACUUCCUCACACCAACAAUAUCGUGAUGUAUCUCCUGUUGAAAAACAUCAGGCUUUACAAGAGGGCCCAUAUUUUUACGAUAUGGAGGCUAUUGGUGGCCGCCGCAGCGAAUACGCCAUACACCCUAUGAUAUUAGGGCGGCGCUCAUUGCGCCAAAUGUCGGGCGAAGAAAUGACUGACGGGGAACUGUAUCCACUGUUCGAAGCGGCCAAAUGGGCACCGAGUCAUUUCAAUACACAGGAGUGGCGGUUCAUAUAUGCUAAACGUGGGACUAAACAUUUUCGCAAAUUUCUAUCAUUGCUAACAGCAGGCAAUCARGAGUGGGCUAAAGACGCAUCGGUACUCAUUAUACUCGUCUCCAAUCGUUUCAGUGUAUAUAAAGGCAAGAAAUCGUUUGUCCGGUCCCACAGCUUUGAUACCGGYGCCGCAUGGAUGGCUAUGGCACUGGAGGGCGUAUCGCGCGGUUAUGUAGUGCACGCAAUGGCCGGUUUUGAUUACCCGAAAGCCGCCCGCGCCAUACGUAUGCCUAACAAUGGCGACUAUCAGGUGGAGGCCAUGAUUGCGGUUGGAAAACGACGUAACUAUAAGGGUAGGACCGAUGAGAAGACCUCUCAGCGUAAAUCUAUCGAUGAAAUCGUGUCUGAAGGCUAUUUCAGUCCCAGAUUUUGA